CAUCCGUUGAGAGUGGUGUGUGGCUCCUUUCUCUCCCUCAGGAAGGAGAUAAAAUGAAGAAAGGAGACAGCCAAUCAUGUGGAUAAGCCUGAAGGAGACGAAGUCAAGGAGUACCCGAGAGACAUUUCCCCGCCACCACGACACCCGCGCCUCCCGCCACGCCUGGGCAACACUGACACGAGCGCUACAUGUGAUCUGCAGGUGCGUGAGAGCCAAGAUACCAGCGAGUCUCAGGGCAAGGAGAGGACAAGGCCGGACCCGUGACACCUGACUAGGAGGGCUUUGUGCCGCGGCGGGAGGAGCGGGAGGGCGUGGAGGGAAGAUGGUGAGCUGCGGGUAUCACCACUCCUCCACUCCCAGCCACUCCUCCUCCUCCUCCUCCUCCACUCGCUCCCUCCUUCUUCUCUUUCUGCAGUUCUUUCUCCUUACCUCCGACCUUCUCGUCGGUGUAACCAGGGCUGCCUCGAGUGUAGCAGGCUCAAGUAGCAGUAGCAGUAGCAGCAGCAGCGGCAGUAGCGGCGAUGGUGGUGGUGGUGGUGGUGAUGGCGGUGGAGGGGCAGAGACCAAAAACGUGACGGUCCACGUGUAUCCGCGCAUCAACAGACAGCUGCCCAACUUCUCCUACAGGUCAGGCAGCAUCCGGCAGAUCACCCCCGGGGCUCACAUUUCCCGCGUGCUGGACAACCUGCUCCUCGGCUACGACCAGAAGCUGCGGCCUUCCUUCGGGGGUGAACCAACCACGGUGGAAAUUGACAUCGAAGUGAGAAGCAUGAGUCAGAUUUCCGAGAUGGACAUGACGUACUCCAUGGACUGCUACUUCCGGCAGUCUUGGGUGGACGAGCGGCUGGCCUUCUCCGGGCUGGACGCGUCUGCCAUCACGCUGUCGGUGUCGGCGCUGGACAAGUUGUGGAAACCAGAUACUUUCAUCCACAACGGCAAAAGGAGCUACGUGCACCUCAUCACCACGCCCAACAAGUUCAUCCGCCUCGCCAAGACAGGAAGGGUUCUCUACUCCUCCAGGCUGACCAUCAAGGCCACCUGCCCCAUGAAGCUGCACCAAUUCCCGAUGGACACCCAGCGCUGCCCACUCCGCCUUGGCUCAUUCGCCUACACCACCCGCGACGUGCUGUACCGCUGGAACGCCGCCCGCCAGGUAGUCACGGCGCCAGACCUUAUGCUUUCCCAGUUUGACCUGAUCGCUACGCCCUCCAGCUUCGAGAACACCACCCGCAGGACUGGCGAGUUCUCCACACUGCUGGCGUCCUUCCACCUGCAGCGACACAUGGGCAACUUCCUCAUCACAGUGUACGGGCCGUGUGUGCUGCUGGUGGUGCUGUCCUGGGUCUCCUUCUGGCUUAACAGGGAGGCCACGUCUGACAGAAUCUCGCUCGGCAUCACCACGGUACUCACCAUGACCUUCCUGGGGCUGGAGGCUCGCACGGAUCUGCCCAAGGUGCCCUACUCCACUGCCCUCGACCUCUUCGUCUGGAUCUCUUACGGGUUCAUCUUUGCUACUAUCAUCGAGUUCGCUUUCGUGCACCUGUUCACCAAGGUGGGAUCGGGCGAGGUGUACCUGUCCUACUGCAGCUCAGACGUGGACUCUGACGACGACGAAGACGAGGACGACGAAGAGGAUGACGACGAGGAAGUGGAGGGAGAGGAAGAGGAAGGGGAAGAGGAUGGGCACGAGAUAUACGAGGAAAAGAGGGAAGAGGAGCAACAGGAAAGAAAUAUACAGCAGAUACAGAACGCCUCCGUAUGCCUGGCGACGGGGCGCGGCGUGUCGGUGCUGCCCCUGGUGCUGCACACGACGGGGCCAAACGGGGUGGGGUCCUCGCGCCUGAGAAGCCCCAAGCCCAGCCGCCCCCGGUGCUCCUCCUCCCUCGUGCGGCGCUUCGCGGGACUGUGCGACCGUCGGAAGCGAAGAGGAGAGGGCGCAGACGAGCGGAGCAGCGACAGCCGGAGCCUGGAGGAGUGGCGGCGGGAGCGUGAGCGGGAAGGCAGCAAGCGGGAGACGGGGAAGCAGUUCACAAUCAAGGCCAACUCUGUGUCUGACAUCGACAAGGUGUCCCGCGUGCUGUUCCCCCUCGCCUUCCUCGCCAUCAACCUCGUCUACUGGCUCACCUACCUUUCCAACGACCCCUGGCCCUCAUCCCACCUAUAGUGCCAUUCCUCUCACCCUCCUAUCCUUAGUGCCACUUCAUCUCCUCCCAGUACAGUGCCACUAUCUCUCCAAUGAUCCCUGGCCCUCUUCUCAACUACAGUGCCAUCUUACCCCUUCCACCUGUCCCUAUUACCCUCUCACCCUACAGUGCCACUCCUACAAUAUUUCCUAUAGUGCCACUCUUUUCAUUCUCCUUUCAUCUUUAGUGCCACACCUCUUUGCGUCUCCUACCUUUAGUGCCAUUCCCCCUCACUAUUCUGCCAUCUAUAGUGCUACUCCUUUCAUUCACCCUUCACCUACAGUGCCAUUCUAUCUACAGUGCCACUCCCUUCACUUCCUCCCAUCUUCAGUGUCAUCCUUUCAUCCUCCCCUCACCUCCCACUACAGUCUCAGUAUGUAAUCCUUUCAUCUCUCCUUCCAUUCCCAAA